AUGAAAUAUUCAUACGUUCAAUUGAGUCAUUUACCUGAUGAAAUUCUUAUGAUUAUUUUUAUAAAGUUACAUAAUAUCUCGCUACUUUCUUCGUUAAUUGGCGUUAACAAACGAUUAAAUAAAAUAGCACAUGAUUCUAUUUUUACGAAUCGUUUGACUUUGCUAAGAUUUCUACCAGUUCCUGUGAUUGACUUCUACGCUUUAGCAAGAUAUUCAGUUUAUCCAUUACCUGACUCAAUAGUUGAUCGAUUUUGUUUACAAAUCUUACUUGAAAUUCAUAAUAAAAUCGAAUGGCUUAAUGUUGAACCAUUUUCAAUGGAACGUAUUCUUCUUGCUACCAACUAUCCCAAUUUAUCUGGACUUGGUUUAUACAAUAUCCAAGUAGAAAAUACUGUGCAUCUUUUUUCUGUGAGUUCUUUUUAUAGUAAAACUAAUUUACCAUCAAAUGAAGAUAUUCAAAAGACAUUCAGAGAUUUUAAAGAUAAACAAAUUAUUUCUUGUAUUGAUUAUUUCCAAAAACGGAAACAUAGUCGAUGUCAUAUUUAUUCAUAUCCAUAUCAAUUGAAACAUUAUGAAGAUAUAACAAAUAAUUUUCCCGGUAGAUUAUUUAAAUGUGUUCGUGCAGUUGGAUUAUAUGAUGAAUAUCCUUUCGAACAUGAAUUUCUUCUUCGAAUUACUCAAUCAUUUCCAUUAUUGGAAAAAUUAACUGUAAUUAAUCAACAACGACAAAAUAAUAAACGAUUUAGAAAAUCAAAAAAUGAAAAUGAAGAUUUAUUAAUUGUUAAAUAUCCACAUCUUAUUCAACUUAAUCUUAGUGAAGCUCACAAAGAUUAUCAUGAACAGUUUUUAUUUGAUACCAAAACAUGUUUACCAAAUGAUGUUUGUAUUCAUUUGAAUUAUCGAUUAGUGAACAAAGUGACACGCAAUUUCAGAAGAAAUACAAUUCGAAGUAAUUGCGCAAAAAUAAGUUAUGUAUUGUUUUAUAACAGAUCAAAAUUUCCUGAACAUUUAAAAGACUAUUUUUCUCAUGCACAUAUAUUCUGA